GUUGACGCAGAAAAUGACUCUCAGGGGGUUCUCGACGGAGGAGCUCCUUAAAAAGUUGAUGGAAGAAGGCAUUGAUGUGUCAGACGACGAGGCGCAAAGGUUUAGAGGAUUCGAGCUUUGUGGGGGAAGAUGCAGCCUCCGUUGAUGCUCAUAUCAAGGUGCUAAAUGAUCAGCACAAGAAGCUACAUCCUGACACAGCACUGGUGAAAGACCGCAUCACAAAAACCUUUGCAUGGAGACGUCGAGAGGUAGCUGAAGGAAUGUGUACUGUGGACCUAUUAAAGAGAUAUCCAUUCCUGGGGACAUCUGCAGGGUUGUGUGAUGAGGUUGAUUUAAUGCAUCCCUGCCAAGACAACAUCUGUCGCCGCUUUAGCGAAAACUUCACUGCUGUUCUUCAAAAUGUUCUUCAAAUGACCAAGGAUUUGCCACUGAAGAAGGUCUACAUGGAAGCAAGAGAGAAUGCACUGGCUGAAGACAUUACAGGAAUUGACUUCAAGGGGGCACUUCUCUUGCCAUCCAUCUUCAAGGAGAAGAUAGAAGAUUUCAUCAUCCUUGGAGAGAAUACUCCCACGAGUCCAUACCCAACCAUUCGAAUGAAGGAUAAGAGUUGGACAACUGCCCUCUCAAGACAGUGUUGCUGUGUUGUGACAGUUGAAGGAGUGGAUGUUUGCUUGUGCCGCUCGCUGGAUGAGGCCUACAUCUCAGCAUUCUCCACCUUCUUCGUGUUCAACAUGACCUACCCUGCAUACUUCAAGAAAACACUUGUCUUUCUUCAGAACUGCAUUGUCAACAUAGGAGACAAGGGAGACAAACCCCUGCCAGUAAGUGUCACCAGGGUACUUGACCAACUCUAUUAAAUAUGCCCCCAGUCCACAAAUGUUCAAAAUGUUCAAAAAGGGCAUUUACUCUGCUUACCAAGUGGCAGUUGACAAUGACUGGAUCCUGUUCAAUCCAGGAAAUGAAUUAGACUUUCAAGCUCUAGACACCAAUUUAGUUGAUGAUAGGCUGUUUGUUGCCUUGAGGUAUUCCGUGUGACGUGAUUGCAAGCACAUUUUCCACUUUGUCUAUAUAUAUGACAUAUAUAUAUAUUCUGGCUUGUUGAAGUAGAGCAAAACAUUUGUGUGGACAGUUUUUUU